CGGCGGGGGGCGGGGGGCUGCCGGCAGCGCCCUCCCCGCCGGCCCGGGGGGCGCGGCUGCGGCGGAGGCGGUGGCGGCGCAGCGGUGCGGAGCGGUGCGGAGCGGGGCCGCAGAUAAAAGAUGGAAGCAUUGGCCAUGCUUCGCAGCAAACCUCAUAUAACCUGCAAGGGGAACUGAAGCAGAAAGCCAAGCCGAGACAAAGCAGCAUCUGACCUUGUCACUGGGGGGCAGAAAACAGCCACUGGCUGCCGCUGGUUUUACUGGUGCUCCCGUCAAGCUCCCUCUGCAGUGUGGAAUUGCAGAUAGCUCAAAAAGUGCAAGUUCUUUCCAGGUCCUUGGGGUGAAUAAAAAUUGUUAACUCUUGCCUUGAUUUGUCAUCCUUUGGGGGAAAAAGAAAAGUAAUGUCAGACUGGCAAUUAAAUAGUCGUGCUGUUAGACCGAGCACAGCUUGAAGUGGGUGGUCCUGGAGGUGAGAGUGACUCUGGCCAGCAAAGCCAAGGAGAAGCCUGUUCAACGUCACGUCUACCCGAAAUUCCUUGGAGAGGUGAUGAAGUGAGUAAUAAGGCAAAGUGGGAGUUACAAAGCAGAUGCGGUAGCUUCAGCAGAACUUCUCUCCACUACCAUAUCCGCUCGUGAAAAAGCAACUGAUGUUAUUUUGAAAACAAUUUGAGUAAAAAAAAUCCGCUUUGAGCAUCUUUGCAGUUCUUGUGUCUGAUGCGUUCAUCAAGAAAACUGGUAUUAUAAUGCAAAUGAAGGAAAAGAGUGAGUAUGGUGAAGGCAGCUAAGGAAAUUCAAAUGGAGAACCCAAGAGAGGCAGAGACUCACAGCACAGGGGCAACGUGCUCCCCGUCAGAGGAACGGGCAGAAAAACCCUCCAUGCUCUGUUUUAAGAAGCGGAAGAAGUCCUGUAAGAAGGGGCUGGCCUUGAAGGAUGUGUGUGAAGGAGCCUCAGAGGAGAAAAGCCAAUGUGUCAGCGCUGACCAAGGGGAGGCAAAAGUUUCUCAUCAGUCGCGGUCCUCGAAAGGAGCCUGGGCAGCCAUCAAAAGCCUCGCAAGACCUCAGAGGAAGCAGAAAUCCUCAUCGCGAAAGAAGGUGCCCUCCGAUUCCCAAGUGCGGCUGGAGGUGGAUGCUGAGGAGGGCUGUGUGCAAGGCUUCCCAAAGAAACGGGCAAGCUCGAGGGUGAAGAUGCCCUGUGUACGGUUCUCCAGAGGCAAGAAAAAACCCAGCCCCUCUGAAGCAGUGGAGGAGUCGGAGGGCAGCGUUCAAGCAAAUGAAGUGAUGGGCAUUUCAAAGAAAACUAGUGAAGAACCGGAGGAUUUGGCCCCAGCAGACAAGUCUGAAUCCUUCAGCCCAAUCUCUGCAGAGGAGGACCAGGAUACAGCAAAGGAAAGUGCCAACUCUGUUGGAAAAACUGAGCCCUUGACAGAGCCCACACUUGAUGCAGAGGAGGAGGACCGGGAUACAGCAGAGGAAAGUGCUGACUCUGUUGGAAAAAGUCAGCCCUUGACAGAGCCCACACCUGAUGCAGAGGACCAGGAUACGGCAAAGGAAAGUGCCGACUCUGUUGGAAAAAGUCAGCCCCUGACAGAGCCCGCACCUGAUGCAGAGGAGCAUACAGAUGCAGAGGAGCAUACAGAGUGUACCGCUCAGUCAGAGAUAACUGAUUCAGAGACAGUUAAUGAAACAGCCCAGGAAAAGCUGCAGGAGGAGAGCCGACCCCAGACCACAGCAUGUGCAGAAGGCGGGCAGGUUGCUCCCGAACCACCCGUUCCCAAGGAUCAACCCAGCAGCACCCCUGAAACCACCGAGCUGCAGGAAAUCCCCAGUAUCCACAAAGAGCUGCCCGAAGGGGAUGGAUCAGAAAAAAGCAUAAUUCUUCCUGAGGAGCGCAAAGCUGAAGAGACUGUGAUGGAUUUCAGUCAGUCAGCAUUUAAAGAUGAUGCAGGGAGUCUGCAGGGCUGCUCCAGCCAUCAGGUGACAUUAGAAGCAAAUGUGGGCGCCGGCGUCAGCAUUGUCAUCACCGUCACCGAAGCUGAGGACUCUGACAACACCGACUCCGACCAGGCCUAUGAACCGUCCCCAGUUUUGCACCGAAAUAAGCAAAAAGGGAAUAAAAAAUCAAGCAGGAGCUUUGAUUUUGGUAAAAAAGAGGGCCCUGAGGCUGGUGGCGACCCCCAGGCAGAGGAGAAAGGUCUGGGUGACCAGGGGCACAGAACUGGGGAGCAGUAUGAAUUGCUCCUCAUAGAAACCGCGUCUUCCCUGGUGAAGGCGGCCAUUCAGUCAUCCAUAGAGCAGCUGGUCAACGAAAUGGCCCUGGAACAGAAUAAACACAACAGUUUUCUGUGAUGGCAGCGAUGCCCCCCAAAUAAAGAGUACAGGGAGUGAUUUAAAGCUCCGCUUGGCCUGGGGUGUGUGUGGAGAGCUCCAAGGGCUCCCGGGGCUGAGGUGUAGUUAAUUCUGCAUGUCCGUUCAGUUGUGUGUCUAUGUGAAACGGAUCGUGGGACAUGGGGCAGUCCCAUAUGUACAGCGUGUCCCCUGGGGCUGGAGCUCCGGGCAGUGCCGGUGGUUGCAGCUGCAGAAAAAUGAAGGUGUUGCAGUGAGUGUUUUUUCAUUUAUUGGCAUCCUUAUGUCAAGGCCACAUUUCUGCCGUCAUCCAUGCUAAGUUUCCCUGCUGUUCAUGCUGUAGAUCUAUAUGUGUUGUGCAUUUAGGGAAAGGUCCCGAGAGGCAGCAAGCGCCCAACCUGCUGCUGGGCUGGAUUCGGGGCACGUCGGAUGCGGCUGGGGUUCACUGGAGACAAGGGAGGGUGAAGUGACUGCAGUGUUAACACGAAGAUACCGAUGCCAGACAGGCUCAGGCCAGUGUUUAAUAUUGCAAACAGGUACUUGCAAGGUGCCGAUGCCAGAAACCAUAGUCACCCCUUGCGUUGCAUGGAGGUGGAUGGUUGCAGUGAGCUGUGUUUGUCAUUCGGCCUCUUCCCCCGUCACAAGCAGCCUGUGCAUUUCCAGACACGUUAAAGCACAGCAUCAGCUGCUCGCCUUGCUGACCCUGGGCUGCCUGAAUGCCAAGAAAAUGACAGUGCUUCGCUGGCGGGGGGCAGGGGAGCUGUUCUCGCACCAUUAAGCUCAAUGGGCAAAAUUCCCGUCAGCAUCAGCGGCGCAGGCUGGGCAGGAGCGCACUGCUGCAGGCAGCCCCUGUCCUUCGUUCUCCUUCCUCCGUGGUGAAGCUGUCCUCGUGGUGAAGCUGUCCUCGGCUGUAGCAUAUUUUUGAUAUAUGGCAUGUGAUAUAAAUAGCAGUGAGCUGCAUGCGUGUUAGCAGUCAACUAUUGCCUCUGUGUUGACACAGUUUGGGUAGCUGCGAUGCGCUGCCAGCCCUGGAAUUGAUUGGAUUUGGUCUGACCGCUGCUGGCAUCCCUGGGUGCUGGCAGCGCCUGUCCCGCACAGCUCCCCCCGCGCUGCAAAGCCUGCCUGACUUCAGUGAGCCCGAGCAUCCCAUGGGAAACGUGCAUUACAGCCGGCUGGCUGCCGCCGGGCUCUGGCUGGCUCUGGCACGCCAUGUAGCUUGCUCUGAAACACGUUGGGAAAUGCCAAAGCAAUGUUACCGAAGUCCUCAGGGAAAAAAUCUGGAUGUGAGGGCCUGGGGACAUGGCUGGGAAAUGCCUGGAUGGGCCAGUCGCUGUCAAAACCCACAAACUGCCCUGCUCCGAGGGGGGUUGCGCCAGCAUAGCGUGUGUGCAAGCAUCACCUCUACCUACCAGCUCUCCGAGAGAAAGGAGCCUUUUAAUAAUUUGGGAUUGCAUCUGCGCAGCUGGGAUUUACGUACAGCUGCAGGCAAAUCAGCCUGUUCUUCUGAGAAAAUUCUCCUACGUAUUUCUCAGCCAGUACAGAAAUAGCAGCCGCACUCGGCGGUUGCUCACUGACCAUAGGCGGUGCACGAGAUUUCCCUUCCCAGUGUAGGAUUUGGAUCCCUGUUAAAAUACAAGGGCUGUAAACUUUCCCAGUACCUGGUGUGCAACCACGUUUUAAACUUCAAUAAAGCAUCUCCAUUUUUACAAGAGGACUGUGAGCAGUGAGUGCCACCGCUGGUUUCUCUGCAAGUAAAACUUAAGAAAAAUCAGAGGAUGUUAAAAAAAAAGCAUCGUCCUGUUUUUUGUGAAUUGGUUCCAUAAGUUCUCAGAUACCAAUAAUUCCGUGUGUACUAUUUUAAUGGCUUUGUACUUCGUACUACUCCUUCCAGGUAUUAUGCCAUAGCUUCGAAAGGGACUUUUUAAGACUUUUCUAUGUACCUUUGGAGCUGCUGCAGCACCCUGAGAAGAGCCAUACUGGUGCUGGAGGUUGCUUAUGGGAUUGCACUGGGCACGGCGGCAGGUCAGCGCUGAGCAAUGGGCCACAGCGGCUCUGUGCGGCCCCACGGGUGUCAACUGCGGAUGAGGAUGUCUGGGCUCUAGUAAAGAAAUACAAACUGACCCUGUGGGGCCAGGCUGCCCUGCUCUGCCAGCCCACUAAGCAGUUUUGGGAAGGUUUCAUGUAUUUCAGUAUUGCCUUUUAGGCAAAACACAUCUUCAGAAGAGGAGGAGAAUGGCAGAAAUGCUUUGGUCCAGCCUGGCCCCUGCGACUGUUGCUCUGCAUCCAGGGUUGUGUUUGCAUCCUUUCUGUGGCUGUUUUUUCCCUCUGUUAUAGCUCUACAUAUAACUGAUGAUUAUUUCAUUAA